ACCACUUUUGCAUCCUACAUUCUUCAUCUGAAAUUUGAUUCAUUUUCAUCGAAGAAAAAACUAAGCACAAAAAUGGCAAGCCACCAAAAUCAGGAUUUGAGUCACAAAGCUGGCGAGUUGACUGGGCAAGCUCAGGUUAAGAAGGAUGAGUUUCUAAACCAGGCAUCGGGUGCAGCUCAGUCUGCCCAAAACCAGGCAUCAAAUUUAUCUCAGUCUGCCCAAAACAAGGCAUCAGAUGCAUCUCAGUCUGCCCAGAACAAGGCAUCUGAUGCUUCUCAUACUGGCCAAGACAUCAAGGACCAAGCAACCCACCUCCUUCAACAGACAAGUGAGCAAGUUAGAAACAUGGCUCAAGGAGCAGCUGAUGCAGUGAAGAACACUUUGGGAAUGAAUAGCCCUAACGACCCAAGCAACCAAACCAAUACCCCAAGCAACCAUACCAACCCAAACAACCCAAGCAACCCAAGCAACCCGAGCACUAGGAUUUGAAGGUAGUUCUUUUUCUUCAACGCUUGCUCUGCCUUCAGUUUCAACAAAUUAAAGCUCCUAUGACCUGCUGUCCUGGCGAUUAGCUAGCCAUCCGAGCUCUAUGGAAAUGGCUAUAGUUUGUUUUCUUUCAUAUGCAAAAUAUUGUAUUUUUGUUCCCUUGUUUUUUUUUUUUUUUUUUUUCCUUCUGUUUGGUCAAUAAAAGAAGACAUGAUUAUUUCCCCUUGUUAAUUAACAGUGUUGUGGAAAUGGACUAAUACUAA